AUGGAAGAGUAUUUGCGGAGGGUCCAGAGCAGACUCGGGGUGAAUGCAUCAGAAGAUCCCAUCCAUGCUGUUUUAGGUGGACCAGAGCCAGAUGUUGACACUGUGGCCGCAACACUGUGCUUAGCCCUACACCUCAGCCAGAAGGAAACCUCAGGCGGACUGUGUCUGCCAGUGUUGUGCGACCGGCGAUGUAACGUUGCGUUGCCCGGGGAGACGGUGAGGUAUCUACAGAGGGUGAAAAUCUGCGAGAGUUCGCUGCUGUGGAGGCAGGAUGUAGACCUCGUGAAGCUUCAUCACACCAGAAAACUCUCACUCACACUGCUGAGAGAUGGACUUCUAGAUAGCUCUGAGUACCACACUUUGGAGUCCAGCAUCCUGCGAGUGGUCCAUCAUGACGGGCAGCAAGACGCAGGGGAUGAUGGGGCAUCGUCCGCAGUGACGACAGUCGCCAGGGAGAUUCUUCAAGAGGCAGCGGAGCACAUCAGAGCAACGCUGGGGGAGACUCUCGGAGAGGCCUUGCGGAUGCAAAGUGAGGCUAUGUGGAACAAACAUGGCCGUCGCUCAGCACAGCUGGAGGAGCUAAUGAGAUCCGUGGAACGAUGGAGUGAUGUCACUGCUGCAGCAACAGACUUGGAGCGGCUGCUUACAAUGGAGCUGAAGGAGUUUUCUGAUGGAGAGAUGACCAUAGCACUGUCUUCUGUGACCACAGAUAAGCAGGACUGGCAUGCUUAUGUGGAUGGACUGAAAACAUUCAGUCAUCGCCAUGGCUACGAUGGUCUGGUGGUUCUCUUGUCCAUCAAUGACACAGUUCAUCAUCCCCGCCAGCAGGUGGCUGUCUACUCAAACAACACAGAUAUCCUCAAUCAGAUCUGCUGUGAGUUGGAAGAGUCCUCCAGCUGGUCUCUUUCUGGUGAACUGGAGGCUAGGGAGAAUUUCCAGGUCUACCACAUCCCUAUUAACACUCUCUCAUCCUCUGGUACUCCUCCUCUGCUGGAGGAAGAAAUCCAGGGCCUCCUCAAGGACUUUGUAGACCGGCGGAACACUGUAUUAGCCUGCCACCCAAGCAGUAGGACCUCUUCCACUGAGGGAGUAGCAGGCAGUGUGGAGUUCUCCCAGGGAUCAUCUGGCAUCAAUGACAUGGAUGGUUCUGACAUAGAGAGGGCCGAGGGAGGCAGCGGAGAUGUGGUGGCAAUAGCAAGGGUGAUGGCAGAUGGUGAAGAGGAAACAGGAGGUGUAGGAGUCAGUGCUGGUGGGGAGCUAGUGAGCCCUGACAGUGGUAUGACCACCAUCCGCAGCAGCCGCUCCUCCAAGGAGAGUUCAGUGUUCCUUAGUGAUGACAGUCCGGUUGGUGAGGCUAUAGCAGGAGGAGGUCCAGCAGCAGGACCAGGAGGACUCUUCCUCAGAAACCCAUCUCCCCUGGGGUUGUCAUCUCUCUCUCCUCCUGUCCCUCCUGAGAGGAGGAAGCACCGCUCUAGCAGAAAUAGGAGCGACAACUUUGACCUGUUUAGUUUCGACCCACUACAUAGCAGUGACCGCUCUUUGCCAGCAGGAGGGGAAAUGGCAGAUUCUGAAGUGAGAGGUAAUGAGGGACAAAGAAGAGCAGGCAGUUCCAACUUAUCAGAACUUGAAGAAUUGAGUUUACUGGAUUUCUCUGCCCCUAAUUCACUGGAUGAACUUGAAAGUAGGAACUCUUCAAUUGACCACCAUGGUCAAAUCCAUAGGAAUGAAAUGAUUGACACUGUGGUUCCUCCAACCCCAGUCAACAGCCUGGUAGGUAGCCGCCCACCCAGCAGUUGUGGGGUCAGGUUCUUCCCAGAAGAUGUAGCAGAAAGGAUCAAUGGCCUUCAGCACAAGGACAGUGUGUCAUCAUCCCUUUCAGAGACCUGGGAUGAACUUGGCUUUGACACACAAGGAGCAUUGUUCUCAAGUGAUAAUAAUGCUUGGAAUAGGACCAAGGAAUCUGAGAGCCCACAGAAUAUUGUAGAGGAAGUUGGAGACAAAGGGUCAGUUGGUGACAUGACACAAAUACUAAGCAAGGAAGAGAUCUUAAAGUCCGAGAAUGCCCACCAGAGGGAAAAGAGGCUUGAACCUCAGCUUAGUCUGGUCACUGAGCAGACUGAAUCAUAUGAAAACUGGAACCCAGGUUUUGUACUGAAGGAUCAGUGGAACCCUGUUACUUUGGCUGAUCUGCAAUUGACACCACCAGAGGAGGAGGUAACUGGAAAAUGCACGGCUGGUAUAACUGGAACAAAAGAAAAAACACCCUCUUUCACAAGGAAGAAAGCAACCAUAAACACUUUAACACCAGACACAUCUAAAGAGGAGGACGAAGGGGUCCGAGGUAAAAAAGGAGAAAGACAGAUGGAGCUCCUUGACUUCUGGACAUAUUCAACUCAAAAAGGAUUUCUCAAAUCCGAUAGCGGAACCACAACGUCUUACCCUGAAUCAUUAGAUAUGUGGAACAUGACAAUUCGGGAUGACAGUCUAUCACCACUCACAACCCCUGACAACUUGUCUGAAAACUCAGGUUCUUUCUGUGGAGCAAACUCCAAUGUUGUGGGUGACAUGUCUGUGGAAAGUCCACCAGGGUUCUCUGAUGGUGGGAUGAAGAUGUGGAACACCACCAUACAGGAAGACAGCUCUUCCACUAUAACAAGCCCUGAAGGACCUGAAAAUGGGAAGGACCUUAGUCACAUGGGAUCUCUGGAUUCUCCAGAGACACAUGCAGGCAAACAAUCCGAAGAAGAAAAAGUGAUAGAGGAGGAGAGAGGUAGAGUAAUUAGUCAGACACCUCAGGAACUGGGGUGGUGUGAUAAUGAACACAACGUGAAAAUAGUCAUAGAGACUGCAGAAGGUACAGGACGGGGUGAAGGAGACAAUGCCAUACAAACUGCUCCGAGCCAACAGUCUGUUAACUUGGUAACUGAGCAUUCAGAAGAUGAGACUUCCCCGCAUCAAGGCACUAACCUGUGGGACUUACCUGUCCCUGGCAUGGUCACCUCCACCUCAGAAUAUGACAAUGUAGGAGCUGGUGAGUGGAGCCUGACAUCCUCCCCUGAGACCUAUGCUAGCCCCGUGGUAGACAUGAUACAGCUAGAGGGACAGUCUAGUCCUUUUAUAGCUGUGACCAAACCUGUUGAGAUAGAUCACGAUCAACACCAGAAGGCUAAUACUCUGGGAAAGACUGAAUACAGAGCAGUAAUUUCAGAUAAAGAACAGUCAGCCAACCAGGUGUUCCUGUUUGAGGGAACUAGUGUGCUGGGUCACGUGACCAGGAGUGGGGGAAGUUCGUCUGAGAGUAAGUACAACAGCAAAAGCAGAGAAGGAUCAGAGGAGGCUGACUGGGGAGAACAAUCCAGUGAUUAUUCCCCAUUUGUUAUAGUAGACCAUUCCUCUGUCACUCAGCAAAUUUCAUCCAAUUAUAAUUCACGUCAAGGAGAAGCUGCUAAGACUCAAAAUCAGACUGACCAAUCAUUAUCCCCAAGUCAUGUGAAUUGGGACAGCUCAGAAACAACUUCAUUAUCACCGGAGCUGCCAUUCAAUAUGGCCUAUAAUGAAGAUGGGACUUCCACUGAAAGCCAAGUGGGAGGAAAUGAAGAGAGCAAUGGAAAUGUGGAGGGCAACAUAACAGAAGCUAUGUCUCUGAGCUCCAGCUCUGGGGGGCAGAAGGACACAUUAAAACAUAGCCCUGACAGCCUUCAUCCAGGUAGUCAAGAUGAACUCAGGUCCAAUUCUGAUGGAGAUUCAUCUUCAGGCCUAGAAAUGGACUACAUUGUUGUGUCUGGCACAGUAAAAGAAGCUGAGAGAGAGUGGCAUGAUAGGCCUAGACAGAGUGACAGGCAAUCAAAAGGAGCAAGAAAUUCCAUGGAGACAUUUAGCAGGCUUUUCUAUGCUGCCACAGUACUGCAAACCCAGGCCCAAGCUGCACAUAGGGAGCACCAGGAGGACACAGAACAAAGUAGGCAAAACCAAAUGAGCAGAGGUACUGACAGUACACUUAGUGCAGAUACAGAGCAAAAUCAAGCUGCCUUAUCCAUGCCAGCAAAUUGGGAUAAUGCACCUGAGCAUCACAUGGUACUGGAAAUGAUCAGUCCCAGCCAAUCAAAAAAUACUCCAGAAGCUUUUCAUCAGUCAGAUUCAAGACCAACAGGGUGCAGUCAAACACAGAUAGAAAAAGGAAACUAUGAUGAUAAAUCAAGCAUUGUGGUCAGAAGUGUGUCUCCAUCAUUAAGAUAUCCGUCAGAUGUCUUUCUGAAAACUAGAGAGGAGGUUUAUGUCCAUUCACAGAUCUCAAUGGAAGAUUCAGAUGAGGGUGGACAGUCACCUUCUGCACCUCCAUCAUGCCCUACUUCUUUGGGUAACUUUAAAGACUGGGGAGGUCAGUUAGUGAGGCAGGACACACCUCAAACCACUCCUGAAACACCUGAAUCACCUGUACUUACUAAUAGCUCAGUCUCCCACACUAGCUCUUUGACUGGCACCCCAUUAAGUGAAUCAGGCAUUUCUACUGACAGAGGACUUGGAUUACCAUUUUCUGGAGAUUUGAUGGAAGAGGAGAAUGACGAGGAAGAGCAUGAGGAGGAAACUGAUGCAGAGCACAUUCCCCAGACAAAAUGGACCUCAGAAGUACAAAGUGAGAGGGACCAAAGACAUCAGUUAGGAUCUUCUGAUCUGCUAAGUUUCACGGAGGAGCUGAGUGGAGGUUCAUCAGGUCAACAAACAGAUAUACAAGCACUUGAGGUUAAGCAGGACAGGUUCCUACAGAAUACAGUGGGUUACUAUGAAGGACAGCCAAUAACGACUGGUGAUCGUGAUAAAUGGUCGGCUGACCAACAGAUUGGAAACCAUGAAUCUUCUCAAGAAAGCUAUUCAUUUGUCUUAAGAAGACAACAAGAUGUGACGUCCCAGCUGUCAUCCCAGCCAACCAAUGAAAAUCCUGCAUCUCACUGGGCAGGAGGUCCGAAUGUAACUCAGGGUCAAACCCAGUAUGGCUACAACUACCACCACAUUGACCAAAGAACUGAAAACCAGAGCACACACUCAACUUGUGUAGAUACCAAAUCCAACAGCCAGCAAAACACCACAGAUGCUGUCUAUGCUGAGUUUACAACUGCUGCCACAGCUGUACAGUACGGGUCUGAGCAGGCUGAAAGCUAUUAUGAAGCUGGAGUAAAUGCCGAGUACAACUUGGAUGCUCCAGAUACCAAGUUUCAAUACAUAGCUGAAAGCCAGUAUGGAGAUGACUCCAAGUCAAUGUGCCCUUCUGAACUUCAGUGCUCUCAGUAUCAAGCUGAAGGCCAGUGUCAGUAUGAGACAGACCAUGCUCAUUACCAGCUUGAGGGACAGCCAUUCUACCAAUCAGAUGACCACCCUGAGAGGGAAGAUCAUGCGCGGUAUGUGCCGGACGGAUAUGUUCACUUUCUCCUGUCAAGACACUCCCAACAGAGAGACGGUGCAGCAGGGAUGAUGAUGAAGAUGGCCUCCAGUGAGGAAACUGCUGAGGAGAUGGAUAACAGAGAAGACCCACCGUCCUCGGCAGAUCUGUCAGGCAGCUCUAACCAAAGGAGAAAGUUGGCAGCUCCGCCAAUGAACGUGUCACUGGAUCACAGUGAGGGGUCUCUUCUCUCAGAAGAUGCUCUGGACACAGAAGACGAGGCCUUGGACACCGGAGAUGACCUGGAUGUCAACAUUGAUGAGCUGGACACACCUGAUGAGGCUGACUCCCUGGAGUUCAAUAGACAUGGGGACUCAGAAGAUUCUGAUAUGGGUGCAGGAGCAGCUUCGAAUGAUGGCUUCGCAGGACACAGAUCAGCUGAGGAAAGAAGGGAUAGCAGACUGUGGAGGAGUGUGGUGAUUGGAGAGCAGGAGCAUCGCAUUGAUAUGAAGUGCAUUGAGCCAUACAAAAGAGUCAUUUCUCAUGGAGGUUAUUAUGCUGAGCAGAACGCCAUCAUCGUGUUUGCAGCAUGUUUCCUGCCGGACAGCGACUGUGACAAUUACAAUUAUGUAAUGGAAAACCUGUUUCUGUAUGUAAUAAGCACGUUGGAACUAAUGGUGGCAGAAGAUUACAUGAUUGUUUACCUGAAUGGCGCCACACCUCGCAGGAGAAUGCCUGGUUUUAGCUGGAUGAAAAAGUGCUAUCAAAUGAUUGACAGAAGACUGAAGAAAAACCUUAAGAUGUUCAUCAUUGUCCAUCCCUCCUGGUUCAUACGGACUUUGCUGGGAAUAACCAGACCCUUCAUAAGCUCCAAGUUCAGCAGUAAGAUCAAGUAUGUGAAUAGUCUGCAGGAGCUUGGAGAAAUCAUCCCAAUGGAGUAUGUCCACAUUCCACCCAGCAUUGUGAAGUAUGACGAGGAGAGGGGUAUACACAGAUUUGCAUGCAUGAGAGCCGACAAGAAGGGGAACUCAGCCGUUUGACAAUUACAAGACACCUGGCUCCUGCCUAUCUCUUCUCCCUGCAACAUGCUGUAUUCUACCACAGCAUGUCUGAAUAUAAGCAAGCCUGCAGCAUGAUAC